AUGGAGAGCUCCCAGGACGGGCAGAAGUGCCGGGGAUCGUGCAUCGUGAGGGCCUGCCCCGGCUUCGAGGGGGCCACGUGGCGGAAGUGCCACAAGCUCGGGGGGCGCUCUCCUAGGCGUGCUCCUCCGCGGAGCCUACCCCCAGGUGGACGGGCCCCCCCGACGUCAGCUGGAGAGAGCGCUGUGCCGAGCCCUGCGCAGGUUUCCUCCCGGGUUGGGAAGGCUCGUCCUCUCGCCCCCUCUUCUGCCCCGUUGCUUUCUUCUUGCCGGGGGCCUGCUUGGAGGGGGACUGAGCCUAAGAGCCCUCCUUCUGGGGGACCGAGCUGCCCCCAGGAGUCGCAGAGGCCUCAGGUAUCUCGGUCGGCAGGGGAGAACGCCACCCCUCCGGGGGACCCGGAAAGCUUCCCCAACAGCCCGGCCGCGGAAAUCUGCUCGGUGGGGAACUUGGCUGCGUACAGCUUCACCGCAGAGCCCAGCAGCUGGCCAAAAGCCUCAGGGUCCAGUUUUUUACGGAAGAGGGGACCCCGUGUAGAAGGUCCUGGGUGCCCUUCCCGCCGCGAUUGCUGGGGGACGGCGGCAGAAGUAGUACCACCCAGGGAGAGAGGCCUUGAGGGCGUAGGUAGCACAGAAGAGAGAGAGAGAAUAGGGGAUGGAGCAGAUCUGGCAGUAGAUCAAGAAUCCGAUGAUGAUCCUGAUCGAGUUAGGGUGGACCUAGGUGAUCCUGAGCUCUCAGAAGCUCAGGAUCUCGGCCAGGGUCGGAGGAAUGGGGAGUCGGAGCCCCGCGACCAGUUGCUCUUUGUAAAAGGCUACAAAACCUGGGGGAGGUCGGUAUGCUCGAUCGGUGGGCUCGGCAACUCGCGGCUCGUAGGCCGGGGGAAUGGAGAAUGA